UCAAAUCUAGACCAGUUCCUCCACUCCCAUAUUAGUUUUGAAGCUGAUCAGGAUCAAACAACAUGGAAGCUUCACCAACUCUUCUUCUUCUUCUUCUAGUAAUUGUUACCCUUGUGCUUUAUUUGAUUGUCGCAACAGGAAAAUAUCAUUGGCGCAACACUCGUGUACCGAAAACGUACCCGGUAAUCGGAUGCAUAAUUUCAUUCUAUAGCAACCGAAACCGGUUACUGGAUUGGUAUACGGAGCUCCUAACCGAAUCCCCAAGUGGGACAGUAGUCAUUCGCCGGUUAGCUGCCAGGAGAACCGUGGUGACGGCGAACCCCUCCAACGUCGAGUAUAUCCUCAAAACAAACUUCGACAACUAUCCCAAAGGCAAACCCUUUACGGAUAUCCUCGGCGAUUUUCUCGGCAACGGCAUUUUCAACGUCGACGGAAACCUCUGGUUGAGGCAGCGGAGACUUGCUACUCACGAUUUCACCCCAAAGUCUCUGAGAGGUUACGUCACCGUUUUGAGGAACGAGGUCGACAACGAGCUCUUACCGUUUCUUGACGCUGCUGCUGCGGGAGUCUCACAAGAACAAGUACCCUUUGAUCUCCACGAGCUUCUCCGUAGAUUCUUUUUCAAUGUUGUUUGCAUCGUUUUCCUCGGGGUCGAUGAUGAUCGCUGCUGCUUAGACCCGUCCUCGCCGGUUUCUGACUUCGACCGAGCGUUCCAGACAGCUUCUGCCGUUAGCGCUGGACGCGGUUCCGCACCGCUCUCUUUCGUUUGGAAGUUGAAGAGACUGGUCGGGUUCGGAUCCGAGAAGGAGCUCAGAAACGCUGUCCGAGAAGUUCAUCGCUGCGUCGAUGACAUCAUUCGAGAGAAGAAGAAGAAGAAGAAGAAGAGGAAGACCACCACCAACCACGAAUACGAUUUUCUCUCGCGGUUGAUCGUCGCCGGAGAAAGCGACGAGACUGUCAGAGAUAUGGUCAUCAGUAUUGUGAUGGCGGGGAGGGACACCACAUCUGCGGUCACCACGCGGCUGUUCUGGUUCAUCACCACCGGUCGCAUGAAGGAAACCGAGCACGAUCUGGUUAAUGAAAUCCGAUCGGUUAAGGAGUUAACCGGAGGGGGUUUGGGUUUCGAUUACGAAACACUCAAGAAACUGAGUUUGUUGAAAGCGUGUUUGUGUGAAGUGAUGCGGUUGUAUCCUCCGGUGCCGUGGGACUCCAAACACGCUUUAUCCGAUGACAGGCUACCAGACGGUACGGAGGUGCGUGCCGGAGACCGGGUAACGUAUUUUCCGUAUGGUAUGGGGAGAAUGGAGGAGCUUUGGGGUGAAGAUUGGGAUGACUUCAAACCAAACCGGUGGCUCGUUGAUAAUAAAACCUGCAGACUAGUUUUGAAGAAGGUGAAUCCGUUUAUGUUUCCGGUUUUUCAAGCCGGCCCAAGGGUUUGUCUCGGGGAAGAGAUGGCAUACGUGCAGAUGAAAUAUGUUGUCGCUUCCAUACUUGACCGGUUUGUGAUUGAACCGAUCCCUGCUGAUAAACCGGUUUUUGUGCCAAUGCUCACGGCUCACAUGGCUGGUGGGAUGCAAGUCCGCGUUCGUCGGAGGGAUCCUUCUCGUUGCUAAUUUGCAUUUCUCUAAACAACAAUAGAAGAAACAAAGUCAAUGGUCAUGGGGUUUCUUUACAUUAUAAAAAAUUGUAAUUUAAACGUCUCUAUGAUCCCAAAUCUAUUUUCUGCUUUGGGUAAACCAACCCACUUUUCUUAAGUCAUACAAAA